GACAUGGCUUCAGGCGCCGCCACCGCGGCCGUCAAGAUUGGAAUAAUUGGUGGAACAGGCCUGGAUGACCCAGAAAUAUUAGAAGGAAGAACUGAAAAAUACGUGGAUACUCCUUUUGGCAAGCCAUCUGAUGCCUUAAUUUUGGGGAAGAUAAAAAAUGUUGAUUGUGUCCUCCUUGCAAGACAUGGGAGGCAGCACACCAUCAUGCCCUCACAAGUCAACUACCAGGCGAACAUCUGGGCCCUGAAGGAGGAGGGGUGCACACAUGUCAUCGUGACCACGGCCUGUGGCUCCUUGAGGGAGGAGAUUCAGCCCGGCGACCUCGUCAUUAUUGAUCAGUUCAUUGACAGGACCACCAAGAGGCCUCAGACCUUCUAUGAUGGGAGUCAUCCCUGCACCAGAGGAGUGUGCCACAUCCCAAUGGCCGAGCCCUUCUGCCCCAAGACGAGAGAGGUCCUCAUAGAGACUGUUAAGAAGCUCGGCCUCCGGUAUCACACCAAGGGGACAGUGGUCACAAUCGAGGGGCCUCGGUUUAGCUCCCGGGCAGAAAGCUUCAUGUUCCGCACUUGGGGGGCCGAUGUGAUCAAUAUGACUACGGUUCCAGAGGUGGUCCUGGCUAAGGAGGCUGGGAUUUGCUAUGCAAGUAUCGCCAUGGCAACAGAUUACGAUUGCUGGAAGGAGCACGAAGAAGCGGUUUCAGUGGACAAGGUAUUAAAGACCCUGAAAGAAAAUGCCAAUAAAGCCAAAAGUUUACUCCUCACUGCAAUACCUCAGAUCGGGUCCAUGGAAUGGUCUGAAACCCUUCAUAAUCUGAAGAAUAUGGCCCAGUUUUCUGUUUUAUUACCACGGCAUUAAAGUGUCUUGGCUACCCAGGAAGAUAGCUGACUUUCUAAUCCCAGUCACUUGGAGAAUUCCUGCUGAACUUGA